UUUGGCUCUGUCAGAAAUAGAAAAAUUCCUAGAUGAGCAUUUAUGGCGAUUAGACCGAGAACUCGUAAAAGGGUUCAAGCUGUUCGUCGUGCUGCUGAUGGAAGCGCUUUUGAGAAAUGUGAAGAAUGUGGUGUUAUGAUAGCGAUUGCUCUGUUUGAUAUGCACGAGUGCGGAGAGAAAAGAAAGGAAGUGAAGAGAUUCAAGUACAUUGCCAGUGGCAAAGUCGAUAAUAUCUCGAAACCAUUUGGGAGCAUUGAAGAUGAGCCCAGAUCACCGUUUGUCUUCUUCUUAGAGGAUUUUAGGGAGAAGUACAAUGGAAAUUUGGUGGAUGCUAGCAGAAUAUGUUUCAAUGUGUGGAAGUACAUGUCACCAGAGGAACAAAAGCCCUUCAACUCCCGUGCUAUGGAGGUUGAUUUGGCCCACAGCAGAAAGUUAAACCAAGAAGCUAAAACUAUCUACAAGGCAGAUGAGGAGGCAGAUUCGAAAACUGUUGGGAGAUAUGACAAGUUUUAUGAGAGCUACGAUCAUCAUGAAGAGGAGUACUAUGAUUCAUCUGAUCAUUUCGCACAUGAGUUUUGGGAAGAAGAUACUCUGCUCGACUACUGAGGAUCCCGAUUCAGUGGGGAAGGUUUUGGCUUUUUGGUUGUGUACAGGUUUAGAGAUUCUUUUGGGGAUUUAUGUAAAUAUAGUGAAAGACUAUGGAGGCUGCUGAUCAUAAUUCCUUCAUCUGUGCCUUUUAGAGGUGUACUUACUUGUUUUUUUUUUUUGGGUUAGCACUCUUUUCCCCUCGUCUUCUUUAAUGGAAAUGCCGGUUUCCUUAAUAAACACAUUAUACUAAAACGAUAUUACCUUUGCUUAUUCUGAAAUCAAUUUAGGAUUUUCUAUA